CCCUCAGGCGCCAUUUUGCACCUAGAACGCGACUCUUUUUAGUUGUCAUGGUAACGUAACCAGUGGACAACAGGCAGCAUGGCGGAGGAGAAACUUUCAUUUGAACAAACGUUCACCUUUAAUUUGCUUUCUACUAAACAAUUUACGUUUCAGCAAGAUCCUAAGAUAUCAAGACUUUUGAUGAAAUGGUCCAUGUUGGGUCGAAUUACCAUCCAGGCCUUCAACUUUGACCAAUCUUUCCAGUCUUAUAGAAGCAAUGACUUUGCCUGGAAUUUCUUUCAAGAUCCAUGUGUGAAGAACAAUUUAAAGGUACUUGAUACCUCUGGAUCAUGGACACCGCUGGGUAGAGACAUCACACAUGUAAAUGUUGAAGUUGUUCCUUGUACAAAAGUGUCACUGGAUAUAUUUGAUCCAAUUUACUCAAGUGGAAUUUUGCGUCCAUCUGGCCACAUCGUCAAAUGUUACCAUGAAAUAUACCCAGACUUUGAUGAGUUAAGGAGGCUUUUGCUUGAAGAAGAUUCUGACCACUAUCAUAUAAUCAGUCCAAGUGAUCGUCAGGAGUUUUUGUUCAGAUUGUUCAAGCAUAUGGUCUUAGGUGGUGAACUUUGCCAAUAUGAAGAUGUCAUCGAUCCCUACAUUGAGACAGCAAAAAUGAUGUACAAAGAAUUAGUCAGCGUUCGGAAGGAUCCAGAUACAAAAGAGAUCGGUGUGGUCACAACAAUCUUGAAAGUUUCUGCUCAUGAUCAGAGUGGAUUGUGCUACCCAUAUGCAACAGAAAAUGAGCAAACAUUUGCUUACCUCUGUAUCGAUCCAUUCAAACGGCAUGUGUAUGUCCUAUACCAUUUAUUUGAUAUAGGUGAUUUUAGCUAUACAUAAGACACUGAGACAUUAUAAUUAGGAAAUACAUCUGUAUUUAUAUCUGUAACCCUUAAUUUAUCAGUUAAUCAAUGAUCAAUACUCUCUAUAUUGUUCGAAUAAGAAUAUAAUGCAGUAUUUUUGUAAAGAUGUUUUAAAUGCAGUUUCAUGCUUGAAACAUGGAAAGUGUUGAAAUUGAAAUUUCAAGUGUUCAAGACAUUUUUUAUAUGAUAUAUUAAAAAAAAAAUCUUAAUAUGUCUCUUCCAUGCCAAUAAACCA